AAGAUUUUCAACGAAGAACAUAAAUCUCCAAGUAAACGAUGCUAAAAACACGUCCAGGAGUCUGUUUACAUUUUCUCUCUCGGACGUUGAUCCUUAUUGCGUUGCUUUUAAGAAAAGAUGCUAGCUGUGAUGUCGCGUUUCUGCCUUCAGUCCUUGUUGCAUCUGGUCCAAGAGCAUCUGCCUUUCUGGUUGGAAACUUGACUAAUGUGUCUCUGACCAUCAGCAGCGUCUCACCCUCCAGUGAUACAGGACGCCUCCCUCCGGCCUCCUGCAUUCGGUCCAAUCUCAGUCAAUGGACUGUGUCAGAAGAGCUGAUGGGAAAGGGCAGCCUCCUGGUGAGUGUGACUCUGAACCGGGGCCUACAGCUGUGUUCCAGCACCAAUGACACAGACUGCUGUCUCCAGCCGCUGUGUGUGAGAGAGACCGUCAUGGUGUGUGCAUGUCUGGGUGACGUUCCCCAGGCUACUCUCAUCGUUCAGGCUCAGAUUUACGCCCAGCUGCUUCCCGCUGGCCCUGUGUCGGAGAAUAAAACCGUGAUUCCUAAUCAAGUGUUCCAGCCCCUUGGGCAAUGUCCAUGUGACCUGACGGCAAAAGUGUGUGAUGUGCGAUGCUGCUGUGACCAGGACUGUGCCCCAGAGCUGCUGUGGCUUUUUACCGGUCAGUGUCUCCCUGGACUGUUUGGAGGAAUGAUCUCUCCUGUUCCUGACUACAUCUGUUCCUCUCAAUCAGCUGCCAACACUCCUGACUGGUUCCCUUUUCUCUGCGUCACCUCUCCAAUGGAGAACAACCCGUUUCUUGGGCUUUUCUAUGAUGGCACUACUCUCACUCCGAAGCCCGCUCCAUCGUUCCAGGCUCAGCAAGUGGCCACGCCUGUACCCCCUACAACCUACCGCCAGGGGGCGCCCAUUUUCACCACAGACAAUCAGUACUUCACCAUCCCACAGGUGUCCAUGCUGGGGCAGUGCUUGGAGAAAGCUCCAGUAGCGUUCCUGCAGAACUUUGAGGCCGUGUGUGUGAGAAGUCUACAGUCCUGCCCAGCUGCACCAUCUGAGCUCAGUGUGGUUGUGAGAGAUGGACAAGGAGGAGUUGUCAGAGUGGCUAUCAUGGAUGAAGUGAUCACAGAUCCCAGCCUUUUCUUAUCAAGUCCUGCUAAUCAAGCAGCUGGAGGACAGCUGUGUGUGAAUGUGGUUCUGUCUUUAAGUUAUACAUUUCAGUGGAAGGGGAACAGAAUUACAGCCAUCAGUGUGACCCGUCGCAUCGGAAACAUCACUAGUGGAGUGACUCUGACGACCCGAUACUCUGCAGUGUUUGUGAAUGGAAACAUCUCAGCUCAGCCUAACUCUGGCAACCCAGGUUAUCAGGUGGGAAGGCCGGUGAUCGGUGGAGUUUUAGAUGAUGCUACUGGAGCUGUAGGGAGAGCUCCAAUCAGCCUCUGGCAAGGAGUAAGAGAUGGGCUGUGCUCCUCCGCUGACUUGAGACCGAUUCCCUAUGGAAUAAACUCAACGUCUGGGUGUCUGAUGCUUGUCAGUUUGCUUGAUCUCAAUAACUGCAUCCAGCUCAGAGAAACCGUCCGCUCUACUUUGGCAACUUUAGUCCCUGCUACUUUCGUUUCCAGAACAGGAAAGCCAGACUUCACACUGAGCAACUGGAGCCGUAUCACUACUGUAGUACAAAAUUCUAAUCAGACAGCGGCGGACCCCAGGGGUGUGUGCUCCGGUGUUCCAGCUCACCUGCACAUUCACAUCAGAAGCGUUGUCAUGGAAACCAUAAACAGGGUACCACAAAAAAUGAUCCAGGCUGUGGAGUUAAAUUUUAAGGCGUCUACAUGGAGAUUAGAGUGUGACGCCACUCAGGGAGCCAUCUGCAUGAACCCAGAGCUGACACAGUCUUUCCCUGUGACCUCGUCUGUGACCUUUACCGAGGCUCCAAGUAGCACACAAUCCCCCAUGUCUAGGUUUCGUAUUAACUUCACAGAGUUUGAUUGUGAGAGAAAUGACGUGUGCUGGCCCGAGCUUGCCUUCCCGCUCACGCCUUAUUAUACUGGUGAGCCGUACUCUCAGGCUCUGGCUAAGGGACUCAUCCUUGUCUUCUUCUUUAUCGCCGUAUCUGUCUUAGGAACACCGUGGAGACAAAUUAGACAGGCGUGGAGCAAUAGCUCACUCUAGUGUGUGUGUGUCUGUAAGAUCACUGAAAGUAAGUUUAUGGAGGGAAACAUGAGACAAUUAUUAAGCAACAGAUUCAGUAUUGAGUCAUACUGUAGUCAUGAGAUUGUUUCUCAGGAUAUGUUUACUAAACUAUACUGAUAUCACUGUUUUGUAUAAACUUUCUUUUACAAGAUUUCUUUGUAAGAAUAUUUGCAAAGUCACUGUAAGAUAUUUGUUAUUAAUAUUUAUUGUACUAUGAUUUGUACAGAGUUUAUUGUGGAAU